CAUUCGCAGCAUCCCAUCAGUUGCUAGCUACCGUGCAAACGGUAAAGUUGGGCGAACGCUCGCAAAUCUCGUGCAACAGCUGUUCAUAUACGGUGAUUGUAUCUAAUUGAUUGGAUCUGUUCCUCCAACCGGGAAGGCAUCAGUAUCACCCUUAAAAUUAAACUGUGAAAACAACUCGCUAGAAACAUGGCAAGCGAAGUAAGACUGCGGGACUUUCGCUCGUUAGUGUUAUGUGUCUGGUGCGUGGUCUCGGUGCAUGCUGCAGCUACAAAUACCAACAGUUUGCACCCUUCCGGUAAUCCCAAGGGUAAUCCCCAAUUAGAUACAAGUGGUGUCUGCGUUCAAGCUGAAGCUUGCCUGCCCGAGGUAGAAUGCAGGGCUGGAAAGUCCGAGCGGACGCCAUGCUGGACUGCCAACAAUACCCGCGGAGUUUGCUGCGCGGUUCCUGACUCAGACGACAAGCUAUUGAUCAGCGCCGCCAUCGAAGAUGGCCGCCGGGAGUUCAAGGAGAAACUCGGCCAUAUUGAACAACACCGGGACGAGAUGGCCGCCAAAGAGAAACCGCUGUCGUUGUUUCACAAACUGUUGAAACCGUCAGCGGGUCAGGAGGCAAAUGGCAUCAAAACAGAUCCAAAAGAGCGGGCCGAAGCGUAUGAGAGUGUUUUUGCGAGCCGGAAAUAUGCCGAGGCGACCAAUAUGACGAAGGAGGACCGUCAAGGUGGUCGCUUUCCACGGCAUCUGGCAGCAACCGUAAGUUGGCCGUACUAUGGCGAGUUCAGUUCGGCUUUGUGCAAUCCAAAUGCACGGUACCGAACCUAUGAUGGAAUGUGCAACAAUCCCGUGCCAGAGAGAGCAGCGUGGGGAUCCGCCGAGUACCCAUUCGAGAGACUUUUUACACCGGCUUACGAGGAUGGAGUUUGGGCGCCAAGAUCCCGCUCGGUGACCGGCAACUGGCUGCCCAGCGCUCGCACCAUCUCCACAGUACUGUUCCCGGACGUUGACCGACAGGAUCCCCAGCUGAACAUCCUCUUCAUGCAAAUGGGACAGUUCAUCACACACGACAUCGCGCAAAGCCAGGCCGUCACGCUCGAUGACGAAAAGGACAUCCAAUGUUGCGCUUCGGACGGUUCGCAACCACUGUACGGGGACAAGUUGCAUUUUGCCUGCAUGCCCAUUGACGUUAGCCCAAAUGACCCGUACUAUUCGCAGUUUGGCUUCCGUUGUAUGAACUUUGUGCGCAUCAAGCUGGCUUGUGGACCCGAGUGCUACCUGGGCUAUGCCAAUCAAGCUAACUCCGUGACGCACUUCAUAGACGCUUCGCUGGUUUAUGGGAACAGUGAAGCUGCGGCUGCGUCCUUGCGAACAUUCCAAUAUGGUAAACUACGUUCCUCGCAUUCAACUGGAAUCGAGUUGCUCCCAUUCACGCGCCAGCCAUCAGACUGCGUCCCUUGGGCUAGGGUGUGCUUCGAAACGGGAGACUUCCGCGCCAAUCAACUGCUAGCGAUAACCCAGUUCCAGACGAUGUUCCUCAGAGAACACAACCGGGUUGCGGGUGGGCUCAAUCACAUCAAUCCCCAUUGGGACGACGAACGGCUUUUCCAGGAAGCCCGAAGAAUUGUCAUCGCCGAACUUCAGAACAUAGUGUUCAACGAAUACCUUCCCGUACUGCUCGGAAGUAAGAAAGUUAUGCAAUUCGGUUUGUUGGAUCCCGUGAAUGGCUACGGUAACUCAUACAGUGCAGAUAUACCUCCGAUGACUCUGACGGAGAGUGCGGUAGCAGCGUUCCGAUUUGGACAUUCCACUGUAGAUGGAUUCUUCAGACUCCUGCAUCGCGAUGCUCCUGCGGAAGACCUUCACAUAAAAGACCUCUUCUUCGACCCCUCGAAAAUCCAUGAACCGCACAGCUUCGACAGAAUGAUGUACUCCUUCGGCCAACAAUCACAGCAGCUAGCGGACAACUCCAUGUCCGCCGGCCUUACCAACCACCUAUUCCAAAAAGACAACCCGUUCGGCUUUGACUUGGCCUCACUGAACAUCCAACGAGGACGAGACUUUGCCGUACGUCCUUACAACGACUACCGGGUCUGGGCGGGGCUUCCUCGGAUCACCGACUUCUACCAACUGGGUGAAAUGGGCUCGCUGUUGGCGCAGAUUUACGAGUCUCCCGAGGAUAUCGAUCUGUGGGUGGGUGGUCUCUACGAAGCGCCCUCUUACGGUGCCGUCGUUGGACCAACCUUCAGUCACCUGCUAGCGGAGAUGUUUUACCGAUUGAAACGAGGCGAUCGGUACUAUUUUGCAAACGGACCGGAAGUGAAUCCGGGCGCUUUCACCCCAUGGCAACUGGGUGAGCUACGAGCGAUCACGCUGGCUGGACUCAUCUGCUCGAACGUGGAUGAUCGAUACGAUUUCUACCAGGCACCGAGUGCGUUCUACAAGUCGUCGUGGGAUAAUGAACCGGUGCCUUGUGCGAGCUAUCGCCCGCUGGAUCUAGAAGCUUGGCGAGAAUAAUUUUUGACGUAGCUGUUUGUUUAUUUGUGUGAUACUUUUAUGUGAUAUUUGACCGUUUUUAUGUAUCGAUUUACAUGACGAACAUAUGCGAUGACUAUGUAAGUUUUUGCAUGACAAAAAUAAAUCAAAACAAGGUAAAAACA